GGCAUUCUGUUCCAACAAAGAAUUUCCUUUGUAGGAAAAGUUUGAACGAAAUGGAGAAUCCACUCGAAGAAUAUUUGCCGGAAUGGUGCGCGGCGCUAUCCUCGCUUAUGGUGUUAUUAAAGCGGCGUCGCGAAAGAUCCGAAGAAGGUGGGCUACCACGCCAAACAUCCGCCGUAAUCAGCCGGUCAACUUCUACGGUUAUUGUUCGCCGUCCAAAACCAAAAGUCCGCCCUCCGCCCAAAAGGCCAUUUGUUUUGCAAAGAAACCAAAAUGUCCCCAGAGUUAUGCUGCCCGUUUUGGAGGACCUCAUCGAUUCUACUGUUGGAUACUCACUUGGAAUGACCAGGGAGGAUUUUGAAUAUCUUCACGGAUUGAUCGGUCCAAAAAUUGCUCGUAUGGACACCUUUCUGCGAAGGGCAAUAUCUUCAAAGGAACGAUUUUUAAUAACUCUUCGAUAUCUUGCGACUGGUGAAUCUUACUCAAGUAUGCAAGAAAUCUUCCAGGUUUCAAAACAAUUAAUGUCAAGAAUGAUCCCAGAAGUAUGCGGUAGCUUGAUAGAAGUUUUGCAAGACUACGUUAAGCUCCCGGAGAACAAGGAAGAGUGGCUGCGAGUUUCGCAGGAAUACGAAAAUAGAUGGAAGUUUCCACAUGCAAUUGGUGCAGUAGAGGGAAGAUAUGUUGCGUUGAAGGCGCCAAUGAGCAGUGAAACAGAACACAGCCAAACUAAGCGCAAUUGUAAUGUUGUUCUUUUGGGCGUGGUAGAUUCGAACUCCAAUUUCAUGUACGCAGACAUCGACAGCAGUGAUGGUGCGCUUUGCCUAACAAAGCUGAACGCAAUGUUAGAGAACGAUUUACAUAUUCCCGAACCGGAGGAACUUGACAUGUUCUCUACAGUGAAGGUACCGUACAUGUUGCUUGGUGAUAAUGGAUUCCCCUUUAGUAAACAUUGCAUUAGGCCUUUCGAGGAUGCCGUAAGUCCCGGUAGUAUCGAGAACCAUUUCAACGAGAGGCUAUCGAUUGCUCGAUGUCCAGUGGAAAAUGCGUUCGGUGUGUUGAACAACAAGUUUAAAAUACUGAGCAGAGCAAUAUUGAUGGAUGCAGCUGUGGCCAGAAAAGUUGUUUUGGCCACCGUUUAUCUUCAUAACUUUGUGAGACGGAACUAUUCAGCUGAAGACGACGAGCACUUCGACCCGGAAAAUGCUGGCUUAAUGCCGUCCAUCGAACAUACUCCUUUAGACCCAUCAGCUGAAUUAAUGGAAAUGCGUAUGCAUGUAGCUAAUUAUUUAGCUUCAAAUUAAUGAGAACUAAUGUGUGGAGACUUCCUGGGACGAUGGCUGUGCAUCAAGUAAUGUAGAAUUUAAGAUACCUGCAACGAACAAAUUGAAUGCUUUGUAGGGAGAUAUGCGAAAUGAAAGCAAGAACUCUUGAAAUCUCGAACUGUAAAUAAACGAAUAGU